GAAAAUGGAAGCAGAUUGAUAUACCUGGCUCCAUUUUCUUCUUAGCAGGGACCAUACUUUUAAUAUACUCUCUACAAAGCGCAAAUUCGUCCGGUAGCAAUUUUGGUUGGUCGAGUAGAGUCAUCAUCGGCUGUCUAGUCGGAUCCGGUGUCUCGCUUAUAUCUUUCAUCAUCUACGAGUUGAUUAUGCAGCGAUAUUUCUCAAUAUCUCCUUUAUUCCCACUUUCGUUGCUGCUUAGGUUGGAUAUUGCUUUGCUUAUGGCGUGGGUACUCCCACCGAAAGAUAUACCUGUCACAUCUGUUUGAUUGUACUCACUCAGUCUCAGAUCAGCCUUUUUCAUGGGCAGUUCGUUCUAUUCGACCAUCAUUCAGCUACCUCAGCGAUUACAGCAGGUGAAUUCCAAAAGCCCAACUACAUCGGGCGUGCUUCUUCUCCCGGUACUACUACCUUCAGCGGCGUUCUCUGCCCUCUCCGGGGGGCUUUAUCGCAAGUUUCCAACUUCUGCAACAUUGCUACUGACUCUCGGAGGCUGCCUACAAGUCAUUGGUGUUGGGCUUUUAUCCACUUUGUCCAUUAAGCAAUCCGUGCCGGCUAGACAAUAUGGUUUCGAGGUGGUAACAGGUGUAGGCUUCGGACUCAUGCUUCCGUCAUUUAUGAUUCUGGCAAGGGACUGGGUUUCGAAAGAAGAAUACGCUACAGCAAUGGGUCUUGUGAAUACCUUCCGCACAUUGGGAGGUUGUGUUUCUAUUGCGGUCAAUAAUGCAAUAAUGAACGAAGAACUUCCGAAGAAAGCUGCCUUCUUAAGCUCAAAGCAGCUUGAAACUAUAAAAACGUCAUCUUUGACACUACUACAUCUCUCACCGGACGAGGUUCUCAAGGUUCGUGCAGCUUACGGUGAAGUGUACAAUCAACAAUUUUUUGUGACAGCUAUGCUUUCAAUUGUAUCCGCUAUAGCGGCAAGUGUACUUCUGGCUAGACAGUACAAAACACCGAGACAAGUUCACGCUAGUGUUGGAAGUCGCCAAGAAUAAUAAAAGGCGGGGACAAUAUUGCUCCUUUGUGGUUGGUGUCGGUGGGUUUCUAGUCUGGACACGAAGAAAUUGUCCGAGGGGACUCACCAAUCAGUUGCGUGGCAUAUUAUCAGAUUCGGAUGAAAAGAACUGGGUUGAAUAUUAUAAUGAUUAUAUUAGAGCAGGUGUAUAGAUCCUUACAAUCUUACUACUCUUUAUCCCAGCUCAACGAAUCAGGUACCAACGUACAACAAUAUGAGGCUACUUUAUCUUCACGGUGCCGGGACCAACUCUGAUAUACGUGUGUAUAAACUACACAAAAGCUAACAUGACUAUACUAAUAACUCUAAGUAUAGAUCUUCAAAAUACAAUUAG